CUCGCACAUGCAACCAUCUUGAAUUCUGCAGGUAAAGAAGCACAAAUUAACCCAUGAUAAAUCUAUAGCAAUCCUCGAACGAGAGGUAAAAAUGGCAAAGAUGGAAUAUUCGGUGCCCACCCAAAAUCGGUUUGCAGCUGCUCUGUCCGAUGAUGAAGAUCCUAUCCUGGUAAUCCAGCAGUUACAGGAUGAAAAAAACAAAAAACUGGCCGAGGAUAAAGCGAAGAAAGACAAACCAUCACAAAAAUCUGCCAAGGGCAGAAGCAACAAGAAAAUCGCUGUGGCACAACCCGAACCGAAGAGCAAACAGGGCGAUAAUACCCCAACUACUCAGAAGGAUGUUGAGAACCGACCGCCCAGAAGUGCAAACCAAUCAAAGCCCACAGGGGACAGAGAAAAACAGGAGAGAAAUGUGAAAUUCUCCCGUGAAGCUCGCGAAGGUGAUGAUCGUCGACAAGAUCGACGAAACUUCAACAGAGAUGCCGAGAAGUCCUCCUUCUCCGAGUUCAGAGAAAAGUCUGACAGGCCUGAUGGAGAGGAGCGUCGUGGCGGUGGACGAGGCCGUGGAUUCGGACGGGGCCGAGGUGGUGGUCGCGGACGGGGAGGCGGUGAACGAAGUGAUAGGGGAGGCUUUGACCGAUUUGGAAACCGACAAUUCGACCGAAGAAGCGGAAGUGACAAAACGCAAGUCGGCGUAAAAUCUGUUGAGAAACGUGACGGUUUUGGCGCUCAUAACUGGGGUACGAUGAAGGACGAUGUCAAUCCUUCUUCCAGGGGACAAUUGAAUGAUAGUAACGCAUCUGAAGAAAACGUAGACUGGAACGCCCCCAAUGACGACAGCGAAAACAAGGACCCCAACGAGGCUACGACGACGCCCGCUGAGGGAACGACCGAACCGACUGAAGAUGGCGAGACUGAACCAAAGGAAGAGGAAGCACGUGAGAUGACCUUGGAUGAAUGGAAAGCUGAACAAUCUAGACAGAGGUCGAAGCCCCAAUUCAACGUACGCAAGGCUAACGAGGGAGCGGACAGCGGACAAUGGACAAAAUAUCACGUUCUUGACUCGAAGAAGAAAAAGGAAGAUGAGUCCGAGGAAGAAGAAGAUGACGAGGAAUACGAUUAUUCUCAUGGACGAAAGCAACAGGUCACCAACUUGAUCCCGGUCGUGAUCGCUGAUCCCUUUGGACGUGGAGGACGUGGUGGUGGUGGACGUGGACGCGGAGGUCGUGGACGAGGUGGACCAGGUCGAGGAGGUCGCGGUGGUGGUCGUGGUGGUGACCGUGGAGGAGACCGUGGAGGGGAGCGUGGCGGCGAACGCAUGGGUCGUGGAGGCGGCAAGAGGGAGCUACCUCCAGAUGUUAACGACGAAGCUUCCUUCCCCGGGUUGGGAGAGUCAUGAGUUAUUCAUGCACCCGUCAUGAGUCGCAACAUGCCCAGUCGUGAUUGCACCAUGACCUAAACACACGGAGGAGUGAAGUCGGUUUAAAAAAGUUUAUCUAAGGUUAAAAAUAUUGAACUAUGGCAUCUUCAGUUCAAUGAUGUAGUGUACUUGAACUUUGCCAGGACUUGAUGGUUUUAUAUGGUUUACCAAACACACGGAUAUAGGUAUAUAUAAUCAGCUAUUGUGCUUAUUUUUAGCAUGUGCUUUCUGAUGCAUGUGCCAGUUUUUAUGAUGGACAUCUAUUGAGAUGCUAACACAUCAUAUCAGAUGACGUAGUCUGCAUUCAUCGGACAAUGACUGCAUCCAGGAAGACAAUAUGCAUUGACUGACUGAGCAGUCGGCCUAAAGAUGUCGCUGUGUGACAUGGCAGCUGACAGAGUAACACUAGGACUUAAUUAUUCUGGAUCAACCAUAAUGAUCAUGGAUAUAAAUUAUUCGUUUCUCGUGUAAAUACUGCCCGCAGUAUGUUAUUCAUGCGAUGAAGACAGUGCUCAUUUCAUUUCGCUCCUGAUCUCCUGACAUUCAUAUUUCAUUGUAUUUACUCUCGGGUGGGGAGGGUUUUUUCAUCACCAUUUUCACCAGGAUGAUGGUUCAUUCAGUCCACUUUUCAUCACAAAUUGGGAGCAAUAUGAGGAGUCAUUAUGUAAGAUAUCUGUGUUCAUAACAAAAUGUCACACUGUGUUAAAACUUGGAAAUAUGAAAAGGUACAGUGUUUUCCAUACGCCUGUUUUGUUAGGAAUUGUUUUACACUAAUAUACAGCAUUUAUACUAGUGUAAACUAUUUCUCUUUAAAUCACUUUCUCCGAGUGAUUCGGGCAUCAGAAUGCAUUUAGCAGUAUUUUUAUGUUUUUAUUUUCUAAUUAAGAAGACAAUAUUUCUGCCAGAUGAAGUUAGUACCUUUCUGCCGCUGAGGUAAACCAUAAAACCCCUGUGAACAUGUCAUUCAAGGUUCUUUAACCUUAUUCAAUACCUAUAGAAAAAGGGUGUGAUAUAAUGUGCAUAAAACUUUAAAAAUUUUGUUACUAGCAAAAAAAUAUAUAAAUAAAAAUUCCACCUCCAUGCCAGUAA